CAUCCAAAGCAUCCCAAAAAAAGCUUCAACUUGACAACUUACUACUAACCUCGAUACACGUGCCUGUCAGCCCACAAUGAACUAGCUAGGCGUCCAUUAAAUUGGCCUUGCCUCGCAUCGGAAGCCCUCUUCCAAACCUCGAUUCGCAGAGCGGCACGCAGAGCCUUCUGGAUUGGACGACAAACGGGCCAGGAAGGUUGUGGAUGUCGUUGUGGUCAUAGUUCUCAUUGUCUAUGGAGCUUUUUGGGCGGCAUCGCUAUGGACGGUUACGCGCCGGCCUUUGUGGCUCAUAAUCUCCCUCUUCUGGUGGUCUCGGGACUGGUGGUUCAUGAUGAGGCCGAGUUGGAGAACGAUGGAGUGCCUAUAGCUUCAGAAAUCUCCCCCGUGGAUUCCGAAGAGGCACGCACGCUGCUACGGCACUUCCAAGAUAGCGAUGGGGCAGAUUUGGCCUGGAAUGGGAGUGAACAUGCGGAUCGGAAUAAGUUCAGGGUCAAAACCAUUGGAAGAGUAGAUACGCCCGCCGUUGUGAUGUUGUUCGCUUACUGAAGCUCUCAUCAGGAUUAUAUUCUCCCCACAAGGAAUGCCCUUCCUCCUUCAGCAUUAAUACCCACCAGUCCCACGGCGAGACCUGUCCUUCACUCUACCCUAUCACCACUGAGCCCAGGCUCCGCACUUUUCCCUGAUGGUCUCAUUGAUUCGGUCUGGAUUGAGAAGCAUCAGGAGCGUGUUCCGAGUGCGUAUCUUGCUUGUUAUACCUUGACAUCCGACCCAAAUUUAGCAUCAAAAUCGGAUAACCAAUUGAAGUCCGACAUAAACAACAUCAAAGCCAUUUUCAGCCAGUCCGGUUAUAAGACUCGUCUUAUAGUCGCCCUUUUGAGCGAGAAGGCCGUCGUGCCAACAUUCGAGCUAGAAGACCGGCUUGCCAAUAUUCGCAAAGGUACAGGUCUUGACUCCAAGACUUCAUUAUUCUUUCUUCCAGCGCAGUCGUCGGCUGUCGAACUGCAAGCCUUUGCAGAGACAAUCACUUCCACCAUAUACCCUUUAUGCAUUGAAUACUAUAGAGACUUGAGCAAACACGCAAGGCGUAAGCGCAAUAGAGGCAUUGUCCCACCACCUACAGCGCCCCCUACUUCCGGUACUUCCCAGACCCUCUCUAACCAGGGCUGGAAUGUUCGCUAUGAUUUCAAACUGGGCGUCUUUGCCGAGUUUCGGCAAGAAAUGGAUGCAGCUAUCCGCUCCUACGAGAGCGCAUAUGAAGCAUUGCUUGGCCCUGAUGUUUUUGAAUCGAUUGUGAAUUGGAAUCCUCGAUGGAACGAGGCCCGUCUGCUAGCAGAUACUCUUGCCAUACGCAUUUUACGGUGCUUGCUCUGGCAUGGUAAUACAACUGCUGCUGUACGUAGGUGGCAACUUCACCGUGAACGGAUGCGUGAUUUUGUCGACCGGAGAGGCAAAGGCUCUUCUACCUAUGGAUGGGAAGCAUGGGAGGCUAGAUGGGCUACUGUAAUGGCUGAGAUUAUCGAGAAGGUAUCCAUCGCGGACUUCAACCCAGGCACUAACAUUUUGCAUCUUUCCCCUGAAAAGUCAAUCGCCAUUGGAGAGCGGACUCAACCUUGGGAGCUCCUUCACCAUCCUGGAUACUGGUUAUAUGCAGCUUCGAAGCAUACUAUGGCUCGACGGAACCUUGCUCUAGCCAUUCCUGAGGAUGAUCGUUUGCCCCCUGCUUCACCGACAGCAAAUAGAACCACAUACGACACGUAUUUAUGCCCUGAACCGCAUAAAGAGUACCCUCUCCCAGGAGAAAAAGGAGUCAAUCAUUGCGCUCUUGUAGUAGAUUGUCUUGCAAAAGCAAUUUCUGAGUUCGAUAUAAGAGGUCAGAAUCGCUUUGUACAAGAAUUGCAACUCCUGUCGGCAAAAGAGAGCAUGCGACAGGAGGCAUGGGUUGAUGCACUAAAUAUUUUGAGACCGUUGUGGCAGAAAAUGACAUAUAGAAAAGAAGGGUGGUGGAAAGCAAACGAGGAGAUUGCUUGGGCUCUUAGGAAUGCCGCAGUACACGCUGGUGAUGGUAGAUCCGUUAUAUCGGUGGAUUGGGAGCUGAUGAACAAUUGUUAGCUUGCCUCCUUUUUUGAUAUUCGAAAUGCUAAUCCUCUCCUCAGGCUUCACACACCACCCUACUUGGCACUACGAUCUAUCUAAAUCACUGGAAGGUGUGGAUUUGAAAUCCAAGCCGGUAGUUGUUCUCCAUGAUGCGGAUGUCAGUUCUUUUCUGACUGCGACUUUCGUGUUUGAGCACGUUGAGGGCAAGGUUGGAGAAGCUUGUCCUUCACAACUUGCUGUCACAUCGACAGCGGUGUCGACAUCAGCCCCCCUAACGAUUUCCUUGGUGAAGUUGGAAUUCAAUGGAAGUAUGAAAACUCUUGUAGUUCAACACAAGGUGGACGAGGAGAUUGAAAGCCAGAAAACUAGAACUUUCACCAAGGUAGCUUUGGUCGAUGGUAUAGAGGAUGGCCACCCUAGACAAACUGGUGAAGCUGAUUUGACUUUGAGACCUGGUCAAACAAAAAUAUUCGAGUUUGGAAGUCUCUUGAGAGAGGACGGUGAAGUCAAAGCAGUCUCCGCAACCUUUUCUAUCAAUUCGGAACAGUUUGACUUGGAUUAUGUUCAUACAUUUGAACCGACAUCAGCCCCUGAUAACUGGUGGGGCCCACGUGGACUUAGAAAGAGACUUGCGCGUGCAGAUGUUACCUCUUUGGUAGUGCUUCCAAAGCCACCUAAGAUGGAACUUAAGUUUCUGGGGCUUGAGGAGCAAUACUAUACCAACGAGGAGAUUAUUCUACGGCUUGAAGUUCUCAAUGAGGAAGAUGUCGCUGCUAUCUCAAACCUCGAGGUUCUUUUACAAGGGCAGGGCGCACCCCUUCUAGAAGUUAGGACCGUCGAACCACCGGUCUUGAGCGCCGAAGAAGAAGACCAGGGGAAGGUUGAGGGAAAUACCAAACUCGGCAAAAUUGAGAGUGCGUCAUCCACGAUUGUGGAAAUCAUCGUUCCGCCGAUUGACUUUCCGUCUGUCUUCGACGUUGCUAUAAAAGCAUCAUACAACCUUGUGUCAGAUAUGGAAACUCCAGUAUCCAAGUCUAUGACUAUGCAGCUAGAGGUGAUAAGUCCAUUCGAAGCGAAUUAUGAUUUCUCGCCUAGAAUCCAUCCAGACCCAUGGCCGAGUUUCUUUACACAUGUCGAAUCUUUCGAUGGACAAGGAAGCGAACAGGACCAGACUGCCCAUGGACUCGCACAAAAAUGGUGCUUGACAGCCCGGUAUGCUUCUUUCGCCACUAAAGAUUUGAUAGUUGAAGAUUUCGCUGUGGAAGUACUUGCCAUGAACGGUGGAAUCCAAGCCUCCGCCGAAAAAGCAACUCCGAUACCAGAAGGCGGUCUCCGAGUCGCUCCCCGAACCAUAGAAGAGGCACAAUUCGAUACCUACGCCCAGAAGAAAUCCUUAGACGAUCGCGGGGCCGCCACACUCGACGUCUCCCUCGUCCUUAGCUGGCGAAGAGACAUCAAAGACUCACCCAUCAACAAAUCCAUCCUCGGGGUCCCCCGCCUCCAAGUCUCCAGCUCCGAACCCAGAGUCCUAGCCGCCGUCUCCUACUCCAACGUCAUCUCCUCCAUGAUCCACUUCGACGUCACGAUCGAGAAUCCCUCGAACCACUUCCUCACCUUCGGCCUCACCAUGGAACCCAGCGAAAAGUUCGCCUUCUCCGGCACCAAGCAAUCUACCUUGCAACUCGUGCCUCUAUCCCGACGAACGGUCCGCUUCAGGUUGUUACCGAAUAUCCGUGGGGAUUGGAUUGGACCGGUGCAUUGCGUGAUUAAGGACCGGUAUUUUCAGAAGAUACUGAAGAUUGCGCCGACGGAUGGGAUGAAGGUUGAUAAGGAGGGUAUAUUGAUUUGGGUUCCGCCUGAGGAGGAUGUGUAGGUGGUCGAUGUGGAGGGGUGGGUGAGUGGGGGAUAUGCGGUUAUUCUGAUGUUCUGAUAUUUGUAGGUAGGUACGAGUAGUUAAGUAGAUAGAUGGUGGGGUUAUGAUGAUACGAUAGGAAUGUG